AUGGCAAACAAGAAGAAUGAAAAAGGAUCAUUGCAGGCAGUUUUCUUGCACGCAGAUGGGUUUGACAAAUUGUUGAUGUCAAUUGGAUUCUUUGGAGCUGUUUGUGAGGGAAUCACCAUGCCGUUGCUGCUUCUCGUCACCGGCAAAAUCAUGAACAAGAUCGGUGCUCAGAGAAAUACUCUGACCAGUACCGAUCAUGAAAGUUUCACUCACAGCAUUAAAAAUUAUGCGUUGAUUAUGUGCUACGUAGGAUUUGCGCGAUGGUUAGCUGGCUUUCUUGUCGGCUAUUGCUGGACAAGGACAGCAGAGAGGCAAGCGGGUGCAUUAAGGACAACUUAUUUGAAGGCUGUGCUUAGGCAAGAAAUUGGCUACUUUGACUUGCAAGUUACAAACACAGCCGAGGUCAUUUCCAGCGUUUCCACUGAUAGUCUUAUAAUUCAAGAUUUCAUCGGCGAAAAGCUACCGGCUUUCUUGAUGAACGUAUCCAACUUCAUCGGGGCGUAUUUGAUAUCUUUUAUUUUACUCUGGAGGCUAGUUAUUGUGGCAUUCCCAUGUGCAAUACUGGUAAUAACACCAGGGAUAGUUUAUGGCAGAGUUCUUAUGGGAAUUGCAAGGAAGAAAAGGAUAGAAUACACUAAGGCCGAUGUAAUUGUCGAACAGGCGGUUUCUUCUAUCCGGACGGUCUAUUCCUUCGUCGGGGAGUAUGCAACAUCGGCAAAAUACUCUGCGGCUCUUCAGAGAACAGUUCAAUUAGGUCUCCGGCAAGGCCUGGCGAAAGGUUUGGCCGUCGGUAGCAACGGCAUUUCUUACGCCAUUUGGUCUUUGACAGCUUAUUACGGUAGCCGAAUGGUUAUGUACCAUGGUGCUAAAGGAGGGACUGUUUUCUCGGUUGGAUUUACGCUUAUACAUGGAGGAUUGGCUUUUGGUUCUGCUUUACCAAACCUGAGAUACUUCUCGGAAGCCAGUGAAGCAGCGGAAAGAAUCAUGAAAACUGUGGAAAGAGUGCCUGAAAUUGACUCCGAGGACAUGGGAGGAGAAAUCAUUCGAAAUGUUUCCGGGGAAGUCGAAUUCAAACAGGUUGAAUUUGCAUACCCUUCAAGACCUGAAAGUGUAAUACUCAAGGAAUUUAACCUUAAAAUCCCAGCAGGGAAGACUGUUGCUUUGAUAGGAGAAAGUGGCUCCGGAAAAUCAACUGUUGUGGCUUUGUUGCAAAGGUUUUAUGACCCAAUUGGAGGCCAUAUUCUUCUUGAUGGGGUGAACAUUGAUAGGUUGCAGCUGAAAUGGUUAAGAUCACAGUUGGGGCUAGUCAAUCAAGAGCCUGCCCUUUUCGCCACAACGAUUAAGGAUAACAUACUUUUUGGAAAAGAGGAUGCAUCAUGUGAAGAUGUUAUUGAGGCUGCAAAAGCUGCAAAUGCUCAUGACUUCAUUUCUCAGCUACCUCAGGGUUAUGAUACUCAGGUGGGUGAGAGGGGUAUUCAGAUGUCUGGAGGGCAGAAGCAGAGAAUAGCCAUAGCCAGAGCCAUAAUCAAAGCUCCCAAGAUUCUCCUUCUAGAUGAGGCUACAAGUGCACUUGAUACAGAAUCAGAAAAGGUUGUUCAGGAAGCUUUGGACAAGGUAGCCAUUGGGGUUACAACCAUUGUCAUAGCCCACCGUCUUUCCACCAUCCGAAAUGCUGACCUUAUUGCUGUGGUCCAAGAUGGACUUGUCAUGGAGAUCGGUUCACAUGAUGAGCUUAUGAAGGAUGAAAGCGGCUCAUAUGCAACCCUCAUUAGACUGCAACAAACUGAUGCCAGUUCUGCAUUCAUUUCUUCGAUCACUCCAAACCACAAAGAUGAUGAAAAUGCUGAGAUUCAUAGGUCUAUUUCAAGUAGUUACCCAACUGCUCCCGGCCAGGAGGCAGAUGAAAACGGACCUACUGUGAAAGCUAAAGUGCCAGUUGAGGUUCCCUCAUUUAGAAGACUAAUUGCCAUGAACUCACCUGAAUGGAGGCAAGGACUUGUAGGAUGUAUAAGUGCUAUGUUGUGCGGCGCAAUCCAACCAUCAUAUGCUUUCACAUUAGGUAGAGCAAUUGGAGCGUUAUUUCUGCCGGAUCAUAGAGAAAUCAAGAGGAGGAUAGAAAUAUAUUGCCUGAUUUUCUUGGGGUUGGCCUUGUUUUCACUCUUGAUAAACAUAUGCCAACAUUAUAACUUUGCAGCAAUGGGAGAAUACUUGACACAGAGGAUUAGAGAAAGAAUGUUUUCGAAAAUCCUCACUUUUGAAAUCGGGUGGUUUGACGCUGAAGAAAACUCAACUGGAGCUAUAUGUUCAAGACUCGCGACAGACGCUAAUGUGGUAAGGUCAUUUCUAGGUGAUCGAAUGUCUCUUUUGAUCCAAGCUACUUCAACAGUGACCAUUGCUAGCACAGUUGGUCUGAUCAUUUCAUGGAGGCUGGCAUUGGUGAUGGUUGCAUUUCAGCCUCUUGUAAUCUGUUGCUUUUGCAUGAAGUACAUGAUUCUGAAAUCCAUGUCCCGAAAAGCCAUUAAAGCCCAAGAUACAAGCAGUAAGAUAGCUUCUGAAGCCGUCUCAAACAUUCGUACCAUCACCGCAUUCAAUUCCCAGAUCCGUAUACUCAAACUUCUCCAAGAAGCUCAAGAAGGACUAAAACAAGAAAGUAUUCGGCUGUCGUGGUUUACUGGAAUCGGCCUCGGCUCAUCCAAUGCUUUCCUUCUGUUGACAUUUCCCCUUUCUUGCUGGUACAGUGGCAAGCUUAUAGUGGCUGGUGAUCUUAAAGUGGAAGCAUUUUUCCAAGUUUUCAUUCUUCUAAUCAGCAUUGGUCGCACUGUUGCUGAAGCAGGAACAAUGACCAGUGAUAUAACCAAAGGGUCAGAAGCUGUGGGUUCUGUUUUCUCUGUUCUUGACCGACAUUCUUCAAUUGAACCUGAAGAUCCAGAGGCCUACAAACCUGAUAAGAUAACAGGUCAUAUCGAGUUCCUUAAUGUUCAUUUUGCAUAUCCCUCUCGGUCUAAUGUCGCAAUCUUUGAGGGUUUUUCCCUCGAAAUUGAGCCAGCAAAAUCGACAGCAAUGGUUGGGCAUAGCGGAUCAGGAAAAUCUACCAUAAUUGGCUUGAUAGAGAGAUACUAUGAUCCUUUAAGCGGGCUUGUUAAAAUUGAUGGCAGAGAUCUUAAAUCUUAUCAUUUAAGAGCUUUAAGGAAACACAUUGCACUUGUAAGUCAAGAACCGGCAUUAUUUGCCGGUACCAUACGCCAAAACAUAACAUAUGGUGCAUCGGUAGACAUAGAUGAAUCCGAGGUAAUUGAAGCAGCGAAAGCAGCAAAUGCUCAUGAGUUUAUCACGGGACUAAAGGACGGGUAUGAUACAUUUUGCGGUGAUAAAGGAUUGCAACUUUCUGGAGGUCAAAAGCAACGCAUUGCUAUAGCUCGGGCAGUACUAAAAAAUCCAACUAUAUUGUUGUUGGAUGAAGCUACAAGUGCAUUAGACGGUCAAUCGGAAAAAGUUGUGCAAGAUGCACUUGAUAGAAUCAUGAUGGGAAGAACCAGUGUGGUUGUGGCACACAGGCUAAGUACAAUCCAAAAUUGCGAUAACAUUUAUGUUUUGGACAAAGGCAAAGUGGUAGAGAAAGGGACACAUUCAUCAUUGCUGGCUAAAGGUCCAGAUGGAGCCUAUUUCUCUCUUGUUAGCCUUCAAAUGAAUACUACUUCUACUCACUAA